AUGGCUCACAUAAUUUCUAAAAUAUUUUAUAAUAUAUCUGAAGAUGAAUCAGGCGUUAUCACAAAAAUAAAAUUAAGAAGUGGUGAAAUAAUUGAUCAUAUCCAAGCUUUUUAUGAAGGCGGUAGAGCCGGUGAAGGUGGAGUAGGAUAUAUCAUUUCAGAUCUGGAUAAUUCUUCAAAAUAUAUCGUUGUCGCGAAUUUAAUUUUUGGAGUUGGACUACUUGGUACAAUAAAAUUUAUUUUCAAUGAUGGCAUUAUGGGAGGCGGAGGAAAGAUUAAAAUUCAUAAUGAUUUUGGUGAAAAUGUCGCUCAUAUAGCAUUUAAUUUUCAACAUUAG